AUGGAGAUCUCACACGAUGGACGAACAACAUCGUUGAACGCGAGUUACCAGCGUGAUAUACGAUUCAUCUUUACGCCCAGCAACUGGACUCUCGGUUCGAUCGGCAUCUGGCCGAUCGCAUUCCGAGGCAUCGGACAACACAUUUCUAAAAUAUCAAUCUUCACCUGCAAUUUUGUACUAAGCUUCGCUAUAGUGCCCUGCGCCCUACAUAUGAUUUACGACCAAAAGGACAUCAAUAUAAGGCUCAAGCUUACCGGACUUUUGGGCUUCUGCAGCACCGCAAUGAUAAAGUUCUUCGUUCUUGUAAUACGUCGUCCAAAAAUACAAAAGUGUAUCGAGCAUGUGAAAGACGAUUGGUGGCAGGUGAAGUUCAAGUCUGACCGCGAACGCAUGCUGAAGUACGCCAGCAUCGGUCGUAACCUAUCUUUAACCUGCACGACUGCCAUGUAUUCCGCCGGCUUUAUUUAUCAUUUAAUUCUGCCGUUUUGCACCGAGCACAAAAUCGGUAAUGAAACCAUCAGACCGCUCGUGUACCCCACUUACAGCGGAUUUAGACAAAGCCAGAUAAGCCCGAUAUACGAAAUAGUAUAUGUGGCCCAUUGUAUGUGCGGAUAUACUAUAUACACGGUCACAAUCGGAACAUGUGGAUUGGCAGCAAUAUUUGCUAUGCACGCCUGUGGCCAGAUUCAGGUGGUUUUAUCUCGCCUGGAAGAUCUCUUAAACGGUAAAAACUUUGAGCGAAUUCCAAACGUCCAACAACGCAUCGCCGCCAUCGUGAAGAGUCACAUUCAAGUAAUGAGUGCCCUGCGCCCUACAUAUGAUUUACGACCAGAAGGACAUCAAUAUAAGGCUCAAGCUCACCGGACUCUUGGGCUUCUGCAGCACUGCUAUGAUAAAGUUCUUCGUUCUUGUGAUACGUCGUCCAAAAAUACGGAAGUGUAUCGAGUAUGUGAAGGACGAUUGGUGGCAGACACAAUCACAAUCGGAACCUGUGGGUUGGCAGCAAUAUUUGCUAUGCACGCCUGUGGCCAGAUUCAAGUGGUUUUAUCUCGUCUGGAAGAUCUCUUAAACGGUAAAAACUUUGAGCAAUUUCCAAACGUCCAGCUACGCAUCGCCGCCAUCGUGAAGAGUCACGUUCAAGUAAUGAGAUUUGCAGCAAAUGUCGACGAAAUUCUACAAGAAGUUUGUUUGGUUGACUUUACUAGCUCUGUAUGCAUAAUUUGUUUACUCGAGUAUUACUGCAUACUGGAUUGGCAAGCAAAUGAUAGGCUUGGUCUACUAACGUAUUUUAUGUCUUUCGUCUCAUUCGUCUUUAACGCGUUCAUAUUAUGCUACAUCGGCGAGCUUCUCAUUGAAAAGAGCAGCCAAGUUGGAAUAAUGUGUUGUUUAAUCAAUUGGUAUCAACUGCCGCCACGGUCAGCUCGCGAUUUUAUACUAAUUAUCGCCAUGUCGAGCCACCCCAUAAAAAUCAGUGCUUGUAAAAUGGUAGAUAUAUCGCUGUCAACUUUUGGAUAUAUGAUUAAAACUACUUUGGCGUAUUUGAGCUUCUUGCGAACAUUAGUAAUGUAAAUAUAAUUCAAAUAAUAUCGCUGAUUCAUUGAGCAAUUAUUUUGUAUUUUAUAUUGGUACCCUCUCAGCUGCUUACUA